AUGGCACCCUCCACCCAAAUAGACGAACUAGCAAGUGCUAUAGUCGCCCGAUUUCUGCGGACAAAUGCCUACACCGACACUCUGCAGGCUUUUAUUCGCGAGGCAGGUCUUGCUCCGGACGUGGGGCAGGCCUCUGGCGACGACACUCACAAUUUGACGAUCCAAAGCUUACUGGAGGAGAAGAAGGCGUAUGACCACAGUGUCAACUUUGAGAGACUUGGCAGUGAGAGUAAAGAGAUUGCAUCAUGGGGACUUCCAGCACCAUCUAAGCCAACUAUUAUUUCUACUCCGACGUCUUCAAACUUACUGGCUGCGUCAGUAGAGUAUUGGCAAAAGCCCAGCCUCGAUGGAAGCCAUGUUGAUUCUGACCUCGCGACGUCAAUACGGCCGCUCAUCGUGUCCACGGGCGCCGAUAGACAGAUGCAUUUGCUUGAGACAGUUUCCGGAUACGAGGCGAUAACUUCAUUCUCAGGCCUGUCAGACUCACCUGUACUUUCAUUCGUAUCGAUCCUCCAAGGUCAAUACAUUCUAAUGACCAAUAUGUCUGGACACCUGCUUCUCCAGCGCGGCCCGGAAGUCCUGCAAAGCCGAAAAGACCAUGCAAAGUACGCCGUCAAGGUCAUUGUGCAUGAAGAACUAGACGACACGGGCUCUGUGAAGGCCUUCUGGAUUGCCACCGCGGGAUGGGAUGCGACUGUCUUCUUAUACCGAGUCUCGAUCGAAAAUGGUGACCAGGCUCCAACACCCGUCAUUGGCGACCCCGUUGCACGCAUUAGAUUGACUACAAACCCGGAGUCUCUCCUGUUCGUGCGCCACGUCGACACAGGCGAAUUGCUACUCCUUGUCUCGCGCCGCGACUCAAGCUACAUCUACUAUUACCAGGUUGAGCCGAGCCUCUCAAAUGGCACACACCAGAUGCAGAGCGACAAUGCCCAAAGCUCACUACCUGAAUGCCGUCUACUUGGACAGCAGAACCUGGCACCACACUCUAAUGCGUGGGUAGCUUUCUCUCCGUCUCACAUGGCACUCAGCCCUCUUGAUCCGGGUCUACUUGCAGUGGCAACCUCCUCAGAACCGCAUAUGAAGGUGAUCGUAGUGCGGCUGCUUUUCCCAUCAACCACUUCCUUCAAUGGACCCAAUCCAUCUUCUCCCGAUGCAGCUGUGACGCAAGCUUCACAGGCCCUCGAAGCUCUGGCCCUGCAGAAUCGGGAAGACGCCGCGAUCUUGAUACAGGCGAAUACGUUCGCUCCUCAAACGUCUUACUCGACGCCGCAGGUAGCUUGGAGACCUGAUGGGUCGGGUGUCUGGGUGAAUGGGGAUGAUGGUGUCGUGAGAGGUAUCGAGAUUAAGACUGGCAAGGUUGUUGCCUUAUUGAAGGAUGGUCAUGAACCUGGGAGUAAGGUGCGGACUAUCUGGGCUGCAUACGUUGCUAUACCCGACAAGGGUGAUGAUGCAAACGAGGAAUGGGUGAUUAGUGGUGGAUUUGAUAAACGGUUGAUUGUUUGGAAAGUAUAA